UUAUUUACUCUGUGGCCAUCUUUAACAAAAAAGUUACAGAUUGCAGCUUUAAUAUUUAAAUUAAAAAAAUGUAUAUUGAUCAAUAUUUUAUAUUUGAUAACAGCUGUCAUCUUUAUAACAUUGAGUUUUGUAAUCUGUAUCUAAUCAUCAUAUAGUGAUCACUCAUCAGCAAUCACAGUUGGAUAAUAUGGUUUUAUCACCGUCAGAAAUAAGUUGUACUCAUGUGUUACACGUGUGUGACGUCACUGUGUGUGUGUGUGUGUGUGUGUGUGUGUGUGUGUGUGUGUGUGUGUGUGUGUGUGCGUGUGCGUGUGUGCGCGUGUAUUUAAGUCUGUGUGAACUGAUGGAGAAUCAUCAUCUAGGUCGUGGAUCUUUGGCACACUUCUUACUUGUUUUAUACUUCAUGUACUUUGAUGAAAAUGUAUCGGGUGUUUUCUGCACUUCUGCUCGUGUGUGUGUGUUGUGUGUGCGUGAGCGCGUACCGGGCGGAUUUAACGAAAGAUUUCGGGGUGAAACUUUGCGGUCGCGAGUUCAUCCGAGCGGUUAUCUUCACGUGCGGAGGAUCCCGGUGGAGAAGAUCAACAUACAAUGAUAUCUCACUGGAGAGACGCGAUGACUUUAGCUCGAGUGAAGACGCGUCGCUGCUGCGGCUACAGACAGACGCGCGCAUCGGGACGCUCUUCUCCUCGCGAGCGGAACGACGGAGGCGGAACUUUUCGCUCGGACUGGCGGGAUUGUGCUGCAGUCAGGGCUGCACGAAAUACGACAUCGGCCGCCUGUGCUGAGACGACGAGUCUGAUCUUCAAUUCAAUUUCUUUCAUAUGAACACGUGAAUAAAUGUUGAUGUCUAACUUUAUUGCAGCUGUCAUUUGUUACAGAUUAUUGUUUGUUCACAUGAGAGACUGUGUGCGUUAAACCUGUAUAAACUAAAGUAAAGAAUAACACUGUGAACAAUAAAAGUUGAAUAUUCUGUUUACAGUCUAAAUGUGCUAGUAAAGGUAAAAAAAACCUCACAUGUAAUUAAACUUUUCUUGACAUCUCUCUAUCCGAAGCCAAUGACAUAGAUGCCAUUGUGCCUGCGGUAUGAAAGGUUUGUAAACUCUUUAAACCAGAUAGACAUGACGUCAUUUAAGUUAUUUGUGUAUUUUAGUGAUUUUCAAGUAGAAUGUAUAUAAAUAACACAAAAAUCUGCAUAAAUAAAAUAUAUAUUAUGAACAUCA